AGCCAGUAGGCGUGAUGUCCGAGAUAAAUGGGCCUAAAUGAGGCCGUGCCAUACAAUGGUCCAUUUAUUACGGCCUACUAGCUUCGGCCCUCCCCAUCCCGCGUAACCGCCGCCGCCGCCGACCUCCCUCAACUCCGAUGUGGGGAACCACGGCCGCAGCCGUGCGCCGGCUCUGCGCGGCCGGCGAUGUCCGCUCGGCGCUCGCGAUGCUCGCCCGCGGGACCAAGUCGGGCGAUGCGGCGCUGGACGUCACCGCGUGCACGGCGCUCGUCAACGGCUGCUGCAAGGGCGGCGAUGUGGCGGAGGCCCGGAGGGUGUUCGAUGAAAUGCCGCUCCUGGGGCUUGCACCUAACGAGGUCACUUACACUGCUCUGAUGCAUGGCUACUUCACUCAUGGCCAAAGGGAGAAGGGUUUCGCCUUGUUUGAGGAGAUGAGGAGGGGUGGAGUCGAGCCAAAUCUCUACACCUACAACUGCUUGAUUGGGGAGUGGUGCAGGACAGGGGAGUUCGAGCGCGCUCGUAGCUUGUUCGACGAAAUGCCUGUGAGGGGCAUUGUGCGCAAUGUUGUCAGCUAUAACACCCUCAUUGCCGGCCUAUGUAGGCAUGGCAAGUUGUGGGAUGCUGCCAAGCUGUUGGAUAUGAUGCGCACGGAGGGUACCCGUCCGAGCAUCAUUACAUUUAAUCUUCUUGUUGAUGGAUACGGCAAAGCUGGCAAGAUGUCCAAUGCUUUGCCUUUCUUCAACCAGAUGAAAGCGGCUGGUUUCCAGCCAAGUGCAGUGACAUACAACAUGCUUAUUGCUGGCUUCUGUCGUGCUAGAGAUAUGACCCGGGCAAACAGGGCUUUAUCUGACAUGAAGGAACGAGGCUUGGAACCGACCAAAGUGACAUACACGAUACUAAUUGAUUCAUUUGCUAGAGAAAAUCACAUGGGUAAGGCUUUUGAGAUUCUCGCAGGGAUGGAAAAGGCAGGUCUAGAGGUGGAUGCACACACUUAUGGUGUUCUGGUCCGUGCACUCUGCAUGGAAGGGAAUAUGAAGGAUGCUAGAAAGCUGUUUCAGUCAAUGGGAGAGAAAGGUGUUGAGCCAAGCAAUGUGAUCUAUGACAUGAUGAUUUAUGGCUAUGGGAGAGAAGGGAGCUCAUACAAGGCUCUGAAGUUAAUCAUGGAGAUGAGGCAGAAGGGUUUGAUUCCAAAUUCUGCAAGUUACGGCUUGACAAUCCGUGUUCUUUGCAAGGAUGAUAAAUGUCAGGAAGCUGAGGCUCUGCUUGAUGACAUGGUGCGUGCUGGUUUGCAAACAAGUGAGUCGAUCUGCCAGGCAUUAUUGGAUGCCAAGGCAAGAUUGAGAGGUUCUGCUAAUGUUUCUUUUGUGUAGGUAGCAAGGCAUGCCUUAGUGAAAUUAUAUCUAUCUUGACUCUUGAGAAUUUCGAAAGAUGGUG